CCCCCCAUAUCCGUGCGCCGAGCUGAUAAAGGCGCCAUUUUGGAGGGGCCGCGGGAGACGUGGUGUAGCUGUGGGCUCGCUCUGGUGUUCGCUAGGCUUGGUGGGAAGACCUGUUCUCGAGUCCGCGCCUUUCGUCGCCGCCAUGUCGGGAGGUGGUGUGAUUCGUGGGCCGGCAGGGAACAACGACUGCCGCAUCUACGUGGGGAACUUACCUCCAGACAUCCGAACCAAGGACAUUGAGGACGUGUUCUACAAAUACGGUGCUAUCCGCGACAUCGAUCUGAAGAACCGCCGCGGAGGACCGCCCUUCGCCUUCGUUGAGUUCGAGGACCCGCGGGAUGCGGAAGACGCGGUGUAUGGUCGCGACGGCUACGAUUACGAUGGAUACCGUCUGCGGGUGGAGUUUCCUCGAAGCGGCCGUGGUACAGGCCGAGGCGGCGGCGGGGGUGGAGGUGGCGGGGCUCCCCGAGGCCGCUAUGGUCCCCCGUCCAGGCGCUCUGAAAACAGAGUGGUUGUCUCUGGACUGCCUCCAAGUGGAAGCUGGCAGGAUUUGAAGGAUCACAUGCGUGAAGCAGGUGAUGUAUGUUAUGCUGAUGUUUACCGAGAUGGCACUGGUGUCGUGGAGUUUGUACGGAAAGAAGAUAUGACCUAUGCAGUUCGAAAACUGGAUAACACUAAGUUUAGAUCUCAUGAGGGAGAAACUGCCUACAUCCGGGUUAAAGUUGAUGGGCCCAGAAGUCCAAGUUAUGGAAGAUCUCGAUCUCGAAGCCGUAGUCGUAGCAGAAGCCGUAGCAGAAGCAACAGCAGGAGUCGCAGUUAUUCCCCAAGGAGAAGCAGAGGAUCACCACGCUAUUCUCCCCGUCAUAGCAGAUCUCGCUCUCACAUAUCUGAAGAGAUGGAUUAAGAAUGCUUUGGAUUAAGGAUUGUGGAGCACAUUUCAAUCAUUUUAGGAUUGUCAAAAGGAGGAUUGAGGAGGAUCAGAUCAAUAAUGGAGGCAAUGGUAUGACUCCAAGUGCUAUUGUCACAGAUGAAAUUGGCAGUAUUGACCUUAUACUAAAAGGCAAGGGUUUAAAAUGAUUGUACAUCUACCUUAAAACACUUGCAAACAUCUUAUGCAGUGACCUUUAGCUACAAUUGCUUUGCUCUUUAAACCUUGGCAAUUGUGGCAAAAUUACGUUGCCCAUUUUGUAACAAUUUAUUUUGCUCCCUACCCUUUUUUGUUUUAAUAGGGACUAAUGUGGGAAGAACUGGCUAAUUUGUCACAAUGCUUAGUUACAACUGUUAAUGUGUGACCUGCUGUUGGUGUACAUGUGGGUACAGGGUGUCUUUAAUUCCAACCGGAUAGAGUAUAAUAUCAAUACUGCUAAAUCUGCAUGUCCUCUGUGUGACUGAUAUAGCGUUGCUACUUCAUUUUUUUUAAGACAAAAUGAAAGCAAAAUAUAGAGUUCCAACGUAUUGGUGUAGAUAAUCUAGUUGGGAAUACUUUUAAGUCUCACCUUCCCCUUUAAACUAAUAUUCAUAAUUGACUCAUAUGUUUAAAACACUUUAAUUUACAAAUUAAAUUACAGAUGGGAGCAUUAGAUUUAGUUUAGACUUAGGUGGGUAGCAAUACCAGUAAACUCAACUACAUGACUUUUUGCAACCACAAAACCUGUAAUACGCUGUACAGUAACAAGUGUUGGCAUUAUCAGUUGAACUGUAAAUAUAAAAUGCUUCUUCCAGUUAGUCUCUAUGAUGAUUAAGUUUCUAAAAUUUAUCUGAACACCAUUCAGAAACUUGUUUUGGGGAAUUUGAUAGUUAUUGAUGUACAUCUGUUAAACUGAUGACAGACAUAACUCAUCAUUCCCCAGAAACCUUUUUUGAUUACAGUAUCUAACAUUUUGCCUCCUCUUUUUUGGUUUUGCUGGUUAUAAAGGUUUGGAUUGGAGAGGGCUCACUGGAUCCCAAUCCUUGGAGCUGGAUCAUUGGAUUCAAAUCAUAAUGUGGAUAGGAUAGGGAGGAUGAAUUACAAGGAUUCAUGGAGCGGGAUCAGAUUACCAGGAACAUAGGAGUGGAUUCCUGCCCCAACCAAACCGCAUUCGUGUGGAUUUUUUUUUUUUUUUUUUAUUCAACUUAAUUGGCUAUUCCAAAGAUUUUUUUUUUUCCUAUUUUUGACGAUUGGAGCCCUUAAGAUGCACGAUGGAAUUGUGUUUUGCAUUUUUUGGUAAAAGGAGCAAAGCGAGGACCUGGAGAUAUACGCUGGAGCAAUCUCCUUGGAAGGAUUCAGCACGAGUAGAUGGUAAACAUUUAAAGGGGAAAGGGGGGGUUUGUUUAAAAUAGUAAAACAGUAAGUCACUUCUAAAUUUAAAGAAAACAAAAUUGGAGUUGAAGACUAAGUAGGUUUCCAAUUGGCUAUUGCCGUUUUUCUUUGAAAAAAUAAACAUUUUUUUAAAAAAACUA